GGGAUGGGUGUGUAUCUCUCUCCAUCCCACAAUCCCCCGCGCUCGCGCAGGGGGGCGUGGCUGCAGAACAAACCCCGCUGUGAUUGGCUGGCCCGGAAGCCCCGCCCCUCCCCGCCCCCCCCCAGGUCCUAGCGCCCGCCGAGCGGCUCCGCAGGUCCGGCGGCGCCACCAGCAUGGGGGACGGAACCGGCGGGACAGACGGACACGGGGAUGGAACCGGUGGGACAGAUGGACAUGGAACCGGCGGGACAGAUGGACACAGGGAUGAAACCGGCGGGACAGACGGACACGGAACCGGUGGGACAGACGGACAUGGAACCGGUGGGACAGAUGGACAUGGAACUGGUGGGACAGAUGGACACGGGGACGGAACCGGCGGGACAGACGGACACGGGGAUGGAACCGGCGGGACAGACGGACACAAAGGUCUUGGGGAUCCCAAGGUGGAAGAGCCUGGAGAUGCCACCAGCACGGUGGAUGAACCCAAAGAUAUUGGAGGUGCCACCACCAUGGUGGCCAAACCCAAAGCUCUUGGAGAUGCCACCACCGAAGCCCUUGGAGAUGCCACCACCUCGAUGGGUCCACCCAAAGCUCUUGGAGAUGCCACCACCGAAGUGCAUGGAGAUGCCACCACCAUGGUGGAUCUCCCCAAAGCUCUUGGAGAUGCCACCACCAUGGUCAAGAAACACAAAACCCGCAGGGCUGUCACAACCAUGAUGGGCAAACCCAAAGCUCUUGGAGAUGCCACCACCGAAGCCCAUGGAGAUGCCACCACCGUGGUGGACCCACCCAAAGCUCUUGCAGAUCCCAAGUCUGAACCCCUUGGAGACGCCACCACCGUGGUCAAGAGACCCAGAACCUGCAGGGGUGGCACCACCAGGAUGGACCCACCCAAAGCUCUUGGAGAUGCCACCACCACGAUGGAUCCCCCCAAAGCUCUUGGAGAUGCCACCACCGAACCCCCUGGAGAUGCCACCACUGCGAUGGAUCCCCCGAGACCUCUUGGAGACGCCACCACCGUGGUCAAGAGACCCAGAACCCGCAGGGGUGGCACCACCAGGAUGGACAAACCCGAAGCUCUUGGAGAUGCCACCACCACGAUGGACAAACCCCAAACCCAUGGAGAUCCCAACCCCGGACUGCCUGUAGAUGCCACCACCACGAUGGAUCCACCCAAAGCUCUUGGAGAUGCCACCACUGAAGCCCCUGGAGAUGCCACCACCGUGGUCAAGAGACCCAAGACCCGCAGGGGCGUCACCACCACAAUUAAUACACCCAAAGCCCAUGGAGACCCCAACACUGAAGCCCUUGGAGAUGCCACCACCAUGGUCAAGAAACCCAGAACCCGCAGGGGUGUCACCACCAUGAUGGACAAACCCAAGACCCACAGAGACGUCACCACCAUGAUGGAUCCCCCCAAAGCCCUUGGGCACCCCAACACCGAAGCUGUUGGAGAUGCCACCACCAUGAUGGACAAACCCGAAGCCCAUGGAGGUCCCACGUCUGAACCCCUUGGAGAUGCCACCACCAUGAUGGACCCCCCCAAAGCUCUUGGAGAUGCCACCAUCAUGGUGAAGAGACCCAAGACCCGCAGAGGGGUCACCACCACGAUUAAUGCGCCCAAAGCUCUUGCAGAACGCAACACCGAACCCCUUGGAGAUGCCACCACCAUGAUGGACAAACCCAAAGCCCAUGGAGAUCCCAACGCUGAAACCCUUGGAGAUGCCACCACCAUGGUCAAGAAACCCAGAACCCGCAGGGGUGUCACCACCACGAUGGAUCCCCCCAAAGCUCUUGGAGAUGCCAAGUCCGAAGCCCUUGGAGGUGCCACCACCAUGAUGGGCAAACCCAAAGCCCAUGGACAUCCCAGCACCGAAGCCCUUGGAGGUGCCACCACCAUGAUGGGCAAACGCAAAGCCCAUGGACAUCCCAGCACCGAAGCCCUUGGAGAUGCCACCACCGUGGUGGAUCCACCCAAAGCCCUUGGAGAUGCCACCACCAUGGUGGGCAAACCCAAAGCCCAUGGACAUCCCAGCACCGAAGCCCUUGGAGAUGCCACCACCAUGAUGGGCAAACUCAAAGCCCAUGGACAUCGCAGCACCAAACCCCUUGGAGAUGCCACCACCGAAGCCCUUGGAGAUGCCACCACCACGAUGGAUCCCCCCAAAGCCCUUGGAGGUCCCACGUCUGAACCCCUUGGAGAUGCCACCACCACGAUAGAUCCCCCCAACCCCCCCGCGGGCGCCGCCGCCCCCCCGCGGCCGUCCCCCCCGUUCCCCUGCGGCGCCUGCGCCAAGAGCUACCCCACGCUGUCCAAGCUGGCGAUCCACGUGCGCGCGCACACCGGCGAGCGCCCCUUCCCCUGCCCCGACUGCCCCAAGGCCUUCGCCGACCCCUCGGUGCUGCGCAAGCACCGGCGCGGCCACGCCGGCGUGCGCCCGCACCGCUGCGCCCUGUGCCCCAAGGCCUACGCCGAGCUCAAGGACCUGCGCAACCACCAGCGCGCCCACACCGGCGAGCGGCCCUACCUGUGCGCCGAGUGCGGCAAGAGCUUCGGCCGCUCCUCGUCGCUCUCGUGCCACCAGCGCAUCCACGCGCCGCGCAAGCCCUUCGCCUGCGACGUCUGCGGCAAGAGCUUCACGCAGCUCUCGUCCUACCAGAGCCACCGCCGCGUCCACACCGGCGAGCGGCCCUUCCUGUGCCCGCAGUGCGGCCGCAUGUUCGCCGACCCCUCCAGCUUCCGGCGGCACCAGCGCGCCCACCAGGGGGUGAAGCCGUACGGGUGCCGCGAGUGCGGGAAGGCCUUCCGGCAGCCGGCGGACUUGGCGCUGCACCGGCGCACGCACACCGGCGAGCGGCCCUGGGCCUGCGGGGACUGCGGCAAGAGCUUCGUGGCCUCGUGGGACCUCAAGCGGCACCGGCUGACCCACGGCGCCGAGCGGCCCUGGCGCUGCCCCGACUGCGGCCGCGGCUUCCGGGAGAGGGGGGCGCUGGGGAAGCACCGGCGCGCGCACUCCGGCGAGCGGCCCUGGGCCUGCGCGAGCUGCGGGAAGGGCUUCGGGGGCAGGGCGGGGCUGCGCAAGCACGAGAGGACGCACGGGGAGGGGGCGGCGGGCAAGAUGGCCGCCGGAGAGGGGGGGGGGCGGGGGGGAGGAGGGGGGUGGGGGCGUGGCCGCCGGGGGGGUGGUUGGCGGCAAUAUGGCCGCCGGGCUGGGGCGCAAUAUGGCCGACGCCGAUGUGGCUGGCGCCAAUAUGGCCGCCAGAGUGGGGCACAAUAUGGCCGACGCCGAUAUGGCUGGCGCCAAUAUGGCCGCCAGAGUGGGGCACAAUAUGGCUGACGCCAAUAUGGCCGCCGGGCUGGGGCGCAAUAUGGCCGACGCCGAUGUAGCUGGCGCCAAUAUGGCCGCCGGGCUAGGGUACAAUAUGGCCGACGCCAGUGUGGCUGGCGCCAAUAUGGCCGCCGGGGGAGGGCACAGUAUGGCCACCAGUCUAGGCCCCAAGAU